AUGGAUAGAACACAGACUCCCAAGAUGCCACUGCCAAUACGGAGUGCCGAUAUAAUACCGUCAUCUUCGCCAGCCUUUGGUACCCCAGCCCGACCAGUCCGCACUGGCAACAGACCAAAUUUACAGGGAAAAUCAUCCGUUCUACCUGUCCUCAUCCCGCCUGCGCUGCUUCGACCUUUAGCUUUCCGAACCUUUACGAGAAAACAUGACUUGACGAUCUCUUCAAACACACUUCAGACUCUGGCCACUUUCGUUGGCAAGAAUUGCGGAUCGAGGUGGCGUGACGAUGGACUUGCGGAACGGUUACUGGACGAGGUAGCCAAACUAUGGCGGAAGAACGGCGGAGGAGUUAUUGUGGAAGAGGGCAACGGUGCCUCCAUCAAAGCUAUUCUUCAAAUACUAGAAGGCAACAUGUCCAAUGGCAAAGUAGUGCCCGGAAAGUUAGCAGAUCAAGAAGAUCAACGUGGUAGCCAUGCUGGGAUUGUGGGCCCCGAUGAAACAGCAAACAGUCAUGCCGGAGAAGAAGACGACGAAAACAUAUCUACGGAUCCGAGACGCUACAUGAAGAUUGUCGAUGCUUAUGAUCAGCCUCGAUUAACAUAUAACCCUGACAAGAAACAUUUCGAGACAUCAGUAAACAAACCAUCCUUCUUUCCGGACCCUUCUCAUCAAAUUAUGUUUUAUCGGGACAGAUUCAACCUCAUAUACCAGAGACUGCUGCGCAACGAGUCGUUUCAAACGUCAUCGCUCUUGAAUAGCAAUCGGCAAACCUACAAAAUCACGCCAAUUGCAAAUUUGUUGGGAAGGGGUGGGUCACAACAUAUGUGUUUGGGGCUUUUGUCUGUCUCUCCGGCCGGGGAGAUGUCACUCACCGACCUAACAGGAACUAUCAUGCUGGAUUUAUCAGAAACCGUGCCUAUCCCACAGGGGAAUGGUGCAUGGUUCUGUCCCGGAAUGAUGGUUCUGGUUGAAGGCAUAUACGAAGAAGAAGAGGUAGUCAAGGGCUCUGUAUUAGGUGGUAACAGUGGCAUUGGAGGUGCAAUAGGAGGAAAGCUUUUGGGUAUCACUAUUGCCGGACCGCCCUGUGAGAAGCGCGAGGUGACACUUGGUAUGAACAGUAUCGACUCAAAAGGAGACAUCGGGACCAGUGGUGGAUUUGGCUGGGUCGAUUUCCUCGGUGUAGGAAGUGAACGUGCUCAGGGAGCUCGAAUGAGAAAACUUGAGCAUAAAAGUCUACGUCAAGUCAACGAAGCCGACGGCCAAAGGAACGGGCGACGCAGUAUUGUUAUCCUGGGUGAAGUUCAUUUGGACAAUACUAAGACGCUUGAAGCUCUUAGGACAGUCUUUGGAAUAUACAGCGAACUGCCAUUUGAAGAACUGCCGCUCGCAUUUUUGAUGAUUGGCAACUUCAUUGGAAAGGUUGGAUUUGGACAGAGCAAUGGCGGAAAUAGUAUCGAGUACAAGGAAUGUUUCGACAGCCUGGCCUCGGUUCUGUCCGACUUUCCAGCGCUUUUGAGCCAUACGACUUUUAUAUUCGUUCCAGGCGAUAACGAUCCCUGGGCAUCUACAUUCACGGCCGGAGCUUCAAGCGCGAUUCCCCGAAAAGCAGUUCCUGAGCUAUUCACAUCGAGAGUGAAACGUGCAUUCGCUUCAGCGAACAAUAUUUCAGAAGGCUCAGCGUCAAAAACCACUCCAGGAGAGGCUAUGUGGACAUCCAACCCUUCACGCAUAUCCCUCUUUGGUCCAGUCCACGAGAUCGUCGUUUAUCGGGACGAUAUCUCUGGACGGCUAAGACGUGGCAGCAUACAUUUCACCAAUACUGGAGACAAUGACUCUCAAGAACCCCAAGUGCAAGACAACGCCAGUGACGAAAAUGAUAAUGACAUGAUAAUCGACAACGAUGAUAACGACAACAUCAACAACACAAAGGCUCAAAAGAACAACUCCACCACCACCAUAAGACCAUCCCCCUCCUAUCUCGCCGCUCAAAAACUCUCCAAGACAAUCCUCGACCAGGGCACUCUCUCCCCAUUCCCUAUGAGCACAAAGCCCGUCCUCUGGGACUACGCAAGUUCCAUACAGCUCUACCCAUUACCCACAGCACUCGUUCUCGCCGAUAGCGAAGUAGCUGCCUUUUCCGUCUCGUACGAAGGAUGCAACGUUCUCAAUCCCGGUAGAUUCGUGCCGGAAGAUCAUAAACGGGAGCCAGUGACGUGGCUUGAGUAUGAUGUUUUGAGGAAGCGAGGGAGAGUCAAGCAGCAGAGGAUGUGA